AACGUGACUUCGUCAAAAUCCCCAAAAAUUUCCCCCAAAAUUUCAAUGGCUCUUUUCUUCUCCAUUUCUAAACUUCAUCUUCAACCUAACAUCAACAUGCCUCUUCCCGAUCAAACCCACACCAAUUCACCGUCGCCGGUCCCCUCAAUCCCUUCUCUCCGCCGUGAAGAUUCCCCCAACCCCAUGGAUUUCAACCCUUUUGCCACCGUCCCCUCAAUCGUCACAGCUGCGGAUGUUUCCCUCCCUUUCGAGACCGAUUGGUUUUCCGACUCGGAUUCCGAAUCCGACCGUGAUGUUAAUUGUUUUGUCACUGAUCUUUUCGAGAAUCGUAGCUUCACCGAUCCUUUACACGAUCAUGAUCGAGGUUUGGAUUCUGUGCUGGACCCAUUUACGCAUUCUGUUAACGACUUGGGCGUUUCGGGAUUUGAAGAUAGCGGUGAGAUUGUAUCUAAUUAUAUUGAGGAGCUGUGGUCGACGUUCGGUGUUGAAUCUGAUACACGGGUUUCGGAGGUGGAUGUAAGCAUGCAAAUUGCGGAUUCUAUUACUACUGGCCUUCGUGUUGUUGAUGUGGAUUCGGAUUCCGAUUCUGAUCCUGGGAUGAUUGGUGCUUUGCAACUCGUGACAGGGGACGAUGUCGAGAAUGAUGGUAAUUGGGUUGAAAGUUCCAAUCCUGUCUCGGAUACCUUCAACUUUUGUUUUCAGGGUCAGAGGAUUUCGUACGAGGAUUUUGAAUGGGAGGAGAUUGAGGAGCGGGUGGAUGAAAGGGAAAUUUCGAGCGUAGUGGUUGAUAGAGCUGAAGAAUUGUCUCUUGCAUCGGGUUUUUCUAAUGAAGAAGAACCUGGAGAAGAGGCGGGUCGAUGGGAAAUCCUAUUGGUAAUGAACGAUAUCGGAAGGAAUAAUGAUGCUGAGGCGUAUAUAGCCGAUCAAGAUGAUUACAUGUAUGCGGCAGAAUACGAUACCCUUUUUGGGCAAUUCGUUGAAAACGAUAAUGCUUUGAAGGGUAGCCCGCCAGCAGCUAAAAGUGCUGUGGAGAAUCUUCCUCUGGUUGAGUUAAAAACAGAGAAUACCCUGGCAGAGGAAGUCGUUGUUUGUGCUGUUUGUAAGGAUAAAUUUUCAAUGGAAGAGAAGGUGAGGAAGCUUCCCUGUGGUCACUAUUACCAUGAUGAUUGCAUUCUUCCAUGGCUGAAUAUUCGAAACACAUGCCCUGUUUGCCGGCAUGAGUUGCCAACAGAUGAUCCAGAUUAUGAGCGUAGGCAGAGUCAGAGGGGAAGUGGCGGCCUGCAAUCGGAUUUGCAGGUCAGGUACAAUUUUGAACUUAUAGCUUAAUAUUAGUGCAAUAUGUGAAAUGCAACCUGUGAAUAGGGUCACUCUUAGAUAAAGAAAGUUUCUUACGAUUUUGCAUUUGUAAAGGUUUUGUGGUAAGUAUUUCUUUUAAAAAUUCUCUGCGUGGAAUGGAACUACUAGCAUUGCUGUUGAUACGCUCAAGUUGUCCUCAAAAGGUGUCCAUUGUGAUUCAAUGCUUUGUAAGUUUUAGUCAUUAAUAGUAGGGGGGAAAUUAUAUCUCUUACCCUUUUUUUUUUUGAAAGAUCAUCUCUUACCUUGUUGAGUUCAAAUUAGGAAUUCUAAUGAUUCAGACACAAGACAUUCUAAGUACUGGCCUUUGAAAUUGUUUACCAGUGAAGGUAUAUUUUUAUA